UAAACAACCUUCUCUCUUAUUUGUCGUCUGGAUUAGGGUUAAGGAUAUUAGGCGAAAGGUAUCUUCUCCUCAUCUUCUACACACAAACCCCUCGAUCAUGGAUAUGUUGAAGAAGCGACGUCUCGACGAGAACGGCAUCGGGCUCCUCAACGACGGACACGUCACCACAAUCUCGACUCGAUUAACCCCACACGACGCUCGGAAGAUCAUCGACCGAUUCUCCAACGAUCAGCUUCUCGACAUCUUACAAGAGGCCGUCGCUCGGCACCCCGACGUUCUCGAGCUCGUUAGAUCAACCGCCGACUCCGACAUCUCUCAGAGGAAGCUCUUCAUCCGCGGCCUCGCGGCGGAGACCACGACGGAAGGCCUCCGAUCGCUUUUCUCCACGUACGGAGAUCUCGAGGAAGCGAUCGUGAUUCUCGACAAGGUUACGGCGAAAUCGAAAGGGUACGGGUUCGUGACGUUCAAGCACGUGGACGGAGCUCUCCUCGCUUUGAAGGAUCCGUCCAAGAAGAUCGACGGGCGCGUGACGGUCACGCAGCUCGCGGCGGCGGGGAAUCAAGGGACGACGGCACAUGUUUCGGAUAUAUCGACGAGGAAGAUAUAUGUGGCGAAUGUGCCGUUUGAAAUGCCUGCGGAUAGGUUGUUGAAUCAGUUUCUUGCUUAUGGAGAUAUCGAAGAAGGGCCUUUGGGUUUUGAUAAAGUUACUGGGAAGUCACGGGGUUUUGCUUUGUUUGUGUAUAAGACUUCUGAAGGUGCUCAGGCUGCGCUUGCUGAUCCUACAAAGGUUGUUGAUGGGAAGCAUCUGCAGUGUAAGUUGGCUAUAGAUGGGAAGAAAGGAAAGCCGCCUGGGCAAGACGGUGGUGCUGGGCCUGGAGGACAUGGUCAAGGUGAUGGAAUGGGGAUGGUGCCUCCUCCUGGGCCUUAUGCUGGUGCUCACGGUGGACCUGGUGGGAUGGGUCCUUACGGUGGUUACUCGGGAGGACCACCGCCGCAUCAUAUGAAUUCCACACCAUCUUCUAUGGGUGGUGCUGCUGCUCCUGCUGGAGGAGGUGGUUAUGGAGGUGCGUAUGCUGGUCAUUAUGGUGGAUACGUUGGUGCAGGAUCUGGGGGUUAUGGAUCAAUGAGUGGUGCCGGUGGGGGUUAUGGUGGGCCUGGUGGUGGAAGUGGUCCGUAUAGAAUGCCGCCGAGUUCGAUGUCUGGUGGUGGUUAUCCAGAGAGUGGGCAUUAUGGGCAUUCGUCAGCUUCAGCAUAUCCUGGACAGCAUCCGCCUGUUGGUUCCUCCACAGUGCCGAGAAUUCCUCUUGGAGGAAUGUACCCCAACGGUCCACCAAAUUACUGAAUGGUUUGUGACAGGGAGAAGAUGCAUUUUGUGCUUAGUGGUGAUUACGUGAUUGCAGCUUCUUUAAAAAUCUCUGGAUUGAUGAAUGUAUUGCUGCUUUGACAUCUGUCUGUCUCUCUCUGCACUUGAACUGAAUGUGCCUUGGCCUCUGAAUGCCUAGUUACUCUAUGAAUGAUUAGACUAGCCUGUAUUUUUCUCUCUUUUCAUAGACAUAGUUGGCAGAUGAAUUGUUUUGUUUGUCAGAUUAGUGAGUUUUCAAUAACAUUUACUGUAUUCUUCUCUACUCUAUUUCCUGGUUAUUGUUCCUUUUCAAUCUUCUGAAUGUAGACACAACGCUCUACUUGUUUGUGAUCUUUGAGGAUAUCUCUUUGGGGGUUCACAUCCACCCACAGAAUCCUUUACUUGUCUGAUUUUUUGAGGAUAUCUCUUUGGGGGUUUACAUCUACCUACAGAAUCGUUUACUUGACAUAAAUAAAGUGGCACUAGAUGGUUUUCUCUGUGAAUCAUUUCUCACUGGUUGAUUCAUAGGUUAAAAAGUGCUGAACAUGUCUUUUGCUUUAGAAGCUUGAUAUGUUUGUAUUUUGCCUUUCCUCUUUCCCAUGAAUAGUUGUGAAGAAGCUCUUUUGUCUAUUGAUGUCAAAACCAGACAUGAUAGAACUUGUUGAAGAAUGUUUCUUGUUAUUAUUAUAUGUUGUUAUUGUUUGACAAGAAAUCUGUUUCAGAUUAUAACAAAUCUAUAUUAUGAUUCUGUGUGAUAUGUAUACCAAAUGAAGAGAUUUACUUUCAAUGGUCGUCUGAGGUUUUAUGUCAGAAACUUGUCCUUUAACGGCUUUGUUUGGGUGGAAUAUUCUCUGAAGACAAAUACUUGGAUCUGAUCUCUCUUCAUGUCCCCAAACAGACUAGUCUGUGUCAUUGUUAGGAAUCAUGUGUCCACACUAACUUGUGACCACGUCUUCUUGAUUUACUCGGCUUUUGUUGUUUUUUUCCUUUUUAUUUGGCGAUUUUCUGGUGCGACCGAGUUGUGGCAAAGAGAUAUCAUUUCGUUGUAACAUGUAAUUGAAUAUUGUGUUGUUACACUUUGUACUUUGCUAGUGUUUAAUCACCUGGUUUGGGGUUGAUUUAA